AGUUUCCCCUCCCCUUUCUCUCUCUUAAAAAACACCCCCCCCCCCCCCCCCCCCCCCCCAUUCUCUCUCUCUCUCUCUCUCUCUCUCUCUCUCUCUCCGGGGUGAGAGCCAUGGCCUCAUCUUCCUCUCUCACCUUAUCCCAAGCCAUCCUAUCCCGGUCCACCACCCAUGCCUCCAACCCACUCCCAUCUUUCUCCCUUCCCACCUACUCCGCCCUCAAAUCCUCCACCAACCCCACAACACCCUCCCUCUACCUCUCCGCACGCGCCGCCCCACGCCUGACCACGCGCCGCCGCACCAUCCGGGCCUCCGCCGUUGUUGAGACCCUCGACAAGACCACCGACACCGCCCUCGUCGACAAAUCCGUCAACACCAUCCGGUUCCUGGCCAUCGACGCCGUCGAGAAGGCCAAUUCGGGUCACCCGGGCCUGCCCAUGGGCUGUGCUCCGAUGGGUCAUAUACUGUACGACGAGGUCAUGAGGUAUAACCCCAAGAACCCGUAUUGGUUCAACCGGGACCGGUUUGUUCUGUCGGCUGGACACGGGUGUAUGCUUCAAUACGCCUUGCUUCACCUCGCUGGAUACGAUAGUGUCAAGGAAGAAGACUUGAAAAAUUUCCGCCAGUGGGGAAGCAGAACCCCUGGUCACCCAGAGAACUUUGAGACCCCUGGUUGUGAAGUCACUACUGGUCCUCUUGGUCAGGGUAUUGCCAAUGCUGUUGGUCUGGCCCUCGCAGAGAAGCAUUUGGCUGCUCGUUUUAACAAACCAGACAGUGAGAUUGUCGAUCACUACACAUAUGUGAUAUUGGGGGAUGGUUGUCAAAUGGAGGGGAUUUCAAAUGAAGUUUGUUCCCUUGCGGGUCAUUGGGGACUUGGGAAGCUUAUUGCUUUCUAUGAUGAUAACCAUAUCUCCAUUGAUGGUGACACUGAGAUUGCUUUUACUGAGAAUGUCGACACUCGUUUUGAGGGUCUUGGGUGGCAUGUUAUCUGGGUGAAGAAUGGGAACACAGGUUAUGAUGAAAUUCGUGCUGCAAUCAAGGAAGCAAAGUCUGUCAAAGACAAACCAACUUUGAUCAAGGUAACUACUACAAUUGGUUAUGGCUCUCCUAACAAGGCGAAUUCAUAUAGUGUACAUGGGAGCGCACUGGGUGCCAAGGAAGUUGAUGCCACAAGGAAGAACCUUGGUUGGCCAUUUGAACCUUUCCAUGUGCCCGAGGAUGUGAAAAAGCACUGGAGCCGCCAUGUCCCUGAUGGUGCUGCUCUUGAAGCUGAGUGGAACGCCAAAUUUGCAGAAUAUGAAAAGAAAUAUAAGGAGGAAGCUGCAGAGUUCAAGUCUAUUUUCACCGGUGAACUACCAGCUGGUUGGGAGAAAGCUCUCCCGACGUACGCUCCAGAGAGCCCAGCUGAUGCCACCAGAAACCUCUCUCAACAAUGCCUCAAUGCCCUUGCAAAGGUUCUCCCUGGAUUCCUCGGUGGCAGUGCUGAUCUUGCUUCCUCGAACAUGACCCUAUUGAAAAUGUAUGGAGAUUUCCAAAAGGCCACACCAGAAGAACGUAACCUCAGGUUUGGUGUCCGCGAACAUGGGAUGGGGGCCAUAUGCAAUGGGAUUGCCCUCCACAGCCCUGGCAUCAUACCUUACUGUGCAACAUUCUUUGUUUUCACCGAUUACAUGAGAGCAGCCAUGAGGAUUUCUGCCUUAUGUGAAGCUGGCGUCAUCUACGUUAUGACUCAUGAUUCGAUCGGGCUUGGGGAGGAUGGGCCUACGCAUCAGCCCAUUGAGCACUUGGCGAGUUUCCGAGCAAUGCCCAAUAUUAUGAUGCUCCGACCCGCCGACGGUAACGAAACAGCCGGGUCCUACAAGGUCGCGGUUGACAAUAGGAAGCGGCCGUCGGUCCUUGCCCUGUCUCGACAAAAGCUGCCCCACCUGCCCGGAACUUCCAUUGAAGGAGUGGAGAAAGGUGGGUAUACUAUAUCGGACAAUUCUUCGGGGAACAAGCCAGAUGUCAUCUUGAUUGGAACUGGUUCUGAGUUGGAAAUUGCUGCUAAGGCAGCAGAUGAACUCAGAAAGGAAGGGAAGGCUGUGAGAGUUGUGUCCUUUGUUUGCUGGGAGCUGUUUGAGGAACAAUCUGAUGCCUAUAAGGAAAGUGUCCUACCGGCAGCUGUAUCAGCUAGGGUUAGCAUUGAAGCGGGAUCUACAUUUGGGUGGGCAAAGAUUGUCGGAAGCGGAGGGAAGUCAAUAGGGAUUGACAAAUUCGGGGCGAGUGCUCCUGCAGGAAAAAUAUACAAGGAGUAUGGCAUUACAGCAGAGGCUGUUAUUGCAGCAGCUAAAUCACUUUGCUAGGGUUUGGUUGCUAGUGGUCCAAUGUAAGUUGCUUCCGCUGGAUUCUUGAAUUGGACGUUUACUGUGAAGCCUAAGAGAUCCGGGCCAUUUCAUGGCGGGAUUACAGGUCUCGUAAUAAAAGGAGAUAAUUUUCUCUUUUGUUUCUUUGGUCUUGUUCAGCCGAGCAGCAAAGUCUGCAAACUAAAACAAGAUCCACAGAGAGAGAAUUAUGAUGUAAUUUGUACCUACUCUUGGACCUUUUUGAGUUUUGUAACGUUACGCGAUUGAUUGUUAAUGAGGUUUUCAUAUUCUUCCUUUCA